UCUUCAAAGGGCAAAGCUGUUUGAUGAUAGACUUGAGGUGAGAGAUAGAGUUUGUAAUGGCGGAGGAGGCAGCUAGCUCCCUCUUGGGAGCAAGCAAUACUCGAUUUUGUUUUGCACGAGAGGAAUUUCUUCGUGAGAGCUUUGAUGUUGACGAAUUUAUUUCGUCAUGUCGCCGUCGAGUGUCCUUGGAGACUCUCCAUGAGGAUCUUAGUGUACACUACAAAGCUUUGAGAAAUGCGAUGAUGGAGUUGAUCAACAAAGACUAUGCUGACUUUGUAUCGUUAUCAAGCAGUCUUGUGGGUCUGGAAAAAGAAAUUGGAGAUAUUCUUGUUCCACUUGGCCAACUCCGAGAAGAAGUUUCGACAGUGAAGGGUACGGUGGACAAUGCACGAGGCAAGCUGGAACAACUCCUUGAGCGGAGAGCUGAAUGUGUCAAAAAGAAGGCUGCACUGGAGCGCUAUCUGGUCAUUUCUCAGAAAAUCGAUAGCAUUGAGCAAUUCUUGCGCCUAGACGGUCGCGAUCUAACAACAGCCGGUGUCGGUGGCGAUGAUAGUGAUGAAGAUGUUUUGGAGAGAGUGACCAGUGCAUUCAACGAGCUGCAGUUUCAAGUUGAGCAGGCUGAGGACUCAGCAUUCGUGUCUGCCAUCACCCCUCGCAUAUCAGCUAUCACAUUGAGCUUGCAGUCCGGCUUGGCGAAGUCAUUUCAGGCAGGGCUGGCAUCCAACGAUUCACAGCGCUUGCAUCGAUGCCUACGCACUUAUGCAGCCAUUGACCGGACAUCUGCAGUGGAGGCUCUGUUUAAAACGUCUGUGGUUCGUCCAUACUUGAGUCCGAUUAUUUCCAGUCGUUCCACGCUGGACGAUAUCUACCCACCUGUGGUCGACUUCAUCAAUAAGCACUGUGCAACCCUUGUCACGUUGACUUCAUCGUUUCAGUCCAGUUCAUCGUCUUCGUCAUCGGCUUCAUCCAGCGGUGAUAGUAAAACUAGCCUGGCUAAUAUACAGGGAAUUGACUUUCUUGUCAAUGCCGUAUGGCCGGAAAUUGUAACAUUGCUGUGUACUCAAACACCGACUAUUUUCGCAGCUGGAAAUCCGGACACAUUUCAUGAAAACUACACCAAGACCAUGGACUUCCUAAGCACCUUUGAACGUCUGUGUCGCACUCAAGCAUCAGUGAAGCGACUUCGAAAUCAUGCCAGUUACAAGCAACUCCUGUCCAAGUGGAGUUUACCUGUUUACUUUCAGCUGAGAUUUCAAGAGAUUGCCUGGGCAUUAGAAGAGGUGUUGUACAGCGACUCGUUUUCCAGUCCGGCUGGCCAAGGCUCUGAUUUCCGGUGUGUAGCGACCAGUACACUGUGGUCAUCUCUUGAGCGUUGCUGGUCAAGAUCAGUCUAUCUGCAAUCCCUUGCACAUCGCUUCUGGAAGCUUACUCUACAGAUCUUGUCACGGUAUUGUUGCUGGGUGACUGAGAUACAGUUGGAAACAAGUUCAUCAGACAAUGGCAGUCGGGACUUCUCUGCAGGUACAGAUAGUGGCAACGGCAGCCGUGGUGGUACCUCCAAACCACCAAGUGUCUCUCCCCCAACUGUCAGUAGUGGUGGUGACAGCAAUGGAAGCAAUGCAUCUGGCCUGACAGCUAGUUGUAGACAACUUGUUGAUGUCAUCCUGGAUACUGAACAACUACUUCACAAGCUACCAGCGUUUCUGUCGGAUGAAAUUCAGCCACGUCUUGCAACAUUCAACUCGUCUCCUCAGCUUGUUGGAGAUGGUAUGCUCGAAUCACGUCUUGCCAUCAAACAAUUGCAGCCAAGGCUAAGCCAACUAGUGUCAAACUAUCUUUGUCAGGAAUGUCUUGUUCACCUAGAUGCAGCCCGUACGAUUCCCAGACUGUACCGGCAUACAAACCGUACUGCCCCAACAGCACCAAGUGCAUACAUCUGUGCACUGGCUCAGCGUAUGCAAGCGUUCAGUGAAGAGUACAGCCGCUGUGCAGCAUCCUUCAUACCGUCUUGGUGUGGACAUGCACUAGCUCAACUGUGCAUUCGCUACAAAGCCGUAGUAUCUGAGAUCCUGGGGUCGGUAAAGAAGACAGAAGAGAGCUUGCAACGCUUGAAACGCACGCGGCGCAGUGCAACACAGAAGGACACCAGAGGUGAUGAUGCUACUGGUGAACUUAGUGACGAGGAUAAAAUACGGCUGCAGCUCUUCUUGGAUGUACGCAGCCUCGCAGAAAAGAUGGAGGACCUUGGCUAUCAGCUGAACAACACAGAUUCCUACGCAGAGUUGUUUGCACUCGUACAACCAUCAGCCUCACUCAUGUCACCCAAAUAGAUCCUACACAGGUGCCCGUCGAUUUCUUUUCCUGUUUUCCUGUUCCCGAUUGCGGAAACCAGGCCGCCGUCUUGAUAACGAUUACUGUACACUCUAUCUUACUUUAUUCUGUAUUUUUUUCAUCAUUACUCUCUGUCUGCUCCGCAGUGCUGUUUAGCAGUGGUCUUUACCCACUGUAUGCUGUGUACAUAGAAGCAAUGUGUCACGUCUAUUUUACCAAUCUUUAGAUUGCCUUCAGCCUUUCUGUUGCCAUUUAAUUUUUGCGCUAGAUUUCAAGCUGUUGAAUACCGUUUUAGUAUUUAUGAAAUUACUCCUUUUUCUGUAAUUGCUGCUGCUCUGCCACUGCUGUUCUACUUGUACAUUAUAACUACGCCCCUGUUCCCAAUUGUGUGACCCGGAUUGCCUGCUGUGCACGUAUGACUUCACUCCCAUUAUCAAGACAAUAGUAAUGCUUUACUGGCAAGGCGGCCAUUAUGACAUUGUCUUGUACACUGAUCUACUACAUCAGUCAUGAUGUAUAUGAAGAAGAAUGUGCUCUUUGCCUCCUCAUGACUGUUCUGAACCAGCUAAACAUACAGACGUUA